AUGUCAACUCAUACACCAACAUCAUGCGCUCACUGUGCCGAGAAUGUUGGCUGUGGACCUCAGUGCAGUGCUUGCAGCAAGAAAUUCCAUUUCAAAUGUGGCACCAUCACUGAAAGGGGUUUCGAGAGACUGGGAGCCGUCGGCCGUGCAGCUUGGUUGUGCCCUCAGUGCCGAGGAACUCCUACUAAAUCUCUCACCGAGGAUGACGCUCAGUCACGGAUGCCGGAUAAACCGCAAAGCUUGGUGAAACAGCAGGUCGGAACCAAAAAGACGUCGGCGUCGUCCACAGCGAAUCAAAAAGAAGCCACCCUAGAAUUGAUUUCUGGCCAAAUAUCGGAUAUUCUGUCGAAGCUAUCUGUAAUGACGUCCAUUCAAAGCGACAUUAAGGAGCUGAAAAGCGAUAUAAGCGACAUGAAAACUACCUUCAAAGCCAAUAUGGAUGAACUCACAACAAAAGUUAGCGAACUAGAUGGUCGAGUAUCUACUCUGGAACAACUUAAAGGAGAAGUCUGCGAGCUGAAAAAAACUUUAAAGGAGAUAUCUGAAGAUAACAGAAGAAAUGAUCAAUGGGUUCGUAGUCGUAGAUCCAAUAUUCAAAUUAACGGCGUCCCGCAGAAGAGUAAUGAGAACCUGAUUAAUGUGGUGAAAAAACUUGCAGCAGUCAGCGGAUUUACACUCAACGCGGAGUCCGAUAUUGACUUCGUUACGCGGGUCGCUGUUCGGAAGGAUGCUGAUCAGAAACAACCCAAACCGAUUAUCCUGAAAAUGCAAGCCAGAUAUAAAAAGGAUGAUUUCAUGGCGGCACUGCAGAAACUGAAAACACUCAAAGCAAGUGAUAUCGGAAUCUUGGACUCGGACAACAGGAUUUAUAUUAAUGACCACCUAUCAGCUCAUAAUAAGUUCCUGCUUCAACAAGCCAAGCUCAAGUCGAAACAGAAAGGAUAUACCUACUGCUGGGUGCGUAACUGCACAGUUAUGGUGCGCCGAGACGCUACUUCUCCGGUUAUACACGUAAGCACUAUCGACUCGUUAAACAAAAUUGUAUGA